AUGACUCAGGUUCAUGAAUUGGGUCAUGCCAGUUGUAAUAAGAGCUAUGUGUUCCGUGGUAAUAAGGACUAUACAGCCAAGGGUGUGCAAGAAAUGCUUGGUUUAGCUCCUCCUAGACCUCAAGGAGGCGUUAAUAAUGCUGGACCCCCACCAUUUUCGAGAUUUUUGUUGCCUUUGCAACAGUGUGAGUUCCAAUUGACUAAUAUCAUUGAACAGCUGGAAAAAGACCCCUGGCCCGUGGCUAGUGAUCGUCGCCCAGUUCGUUGUUCCGGUGUGGCUCUUAGUGUGGCCGUCAGUUUGCUAGAACAGUCUUUCCCUAAUAGUGGAGCUAGAAUCAUGUUUUUUGCAGGUGGUCCUCCUACUGAAGGUCCUGGUAUGGUUGUGGGUCCCGAGCUUAGAGAACCUAUCAGAUCGCACCACGAUAUCGAGCGUGAUAGUGCUAAACAUUAUAAAAAGGCUGUCAAGUUCUAUGAAGCUCUUGCUAAACGAACUGCUCUUAAUGGACAUGCUGUCGACAUUUUCGCCGGUUGUUAUGAUCAAAUCGGUAUGCAAGAAAUGAAGUCACUACCAAACUCGACUGGUGGUGUAAUGAUUCUGACUGAUGCUUUCUCAACAUCGAUUUUCAAGCAAUCCAUUCAAAGAAUUUUUAACAAGGAUGACCAAGGAUUCCUAGAAAUGGGAUUUAAUGCCUCGUGUGACGUUCUUACCAGUAAAGAUUUGAAGGUAUCUGGCCUGAUUGGCCAUGCUGUGUCUCUUAAUAAGAAGUCUGUUAGUGUAGCUGAUACCGAGAUCGGAAUUGGUCAGACUUCGUCGUGGAAAAUGUGUUCUAUUACUCCUGCUCACACUUAUGGAUUCUUUUUCGAGGUGGCUACACAAGGAGGAGCUAAUGGUGCCAACCCCGGUCCUGGUCCUGUACAACAUGCUACUAUCCAGUUUUUGACCCAUUAUCAACAUUCGAACGGUACAUACCGAUUGAGAGUGACGACAUUGAUCCGAAACAUGCUUGGUGGAGGCGACCCCAGCAUCGCAGCCUCGUUUGAUCAAGAGGCUGCUGCCGUGCUCAUGGCACGAAUCGCUGUGUAUAAAGCCGAGGUCGAGGACGGCCCGGAUAUCCUGCGUUGGACCGAUCGAAUGCUCAUUCGACUGUGUCAGAAGUUUGCUGAUUACCGUAAAGAUGACCCCUCGUCGUUCCGUCUGUCACAAAACUUCACCUUGUACCCACAAUUCAUGUUCCACUUACGAAGAUCGCAAUUUUUGCAAGUGUUUAACAAUUCACCUGACGAGACUGCUUUUUACCGUCACUGUUUGAACCGUGAAGAUUUGACUAAUUCUUUGAUCAUGAUCCAACCCACUUUGAUCUCGUUCACAUUCGACCAAGAGCCAGAGCCCGUGCUGCUGGAUUCUGUAUCGAUUAAACCCGACCAUAUUCUGCUGUUGGAUACCUUUUUCCACAUUUUGAUUUUCCACGGAGAAACCAUUGCUAUGUGGAGAAAGGCUGGAUACCAAGACCAAGAAGAGCACGAGAACUUCAAACAGCUGCUGGAAGGACCACGAGCCGAGGCUGCUGAGCUGCUUGUAGACCGAUUCCCACUGCCCCGUUUCAUUGACACGGAUGCCGGUGGAUCGCAAGCCCGGUUCCUGCUGUCUAAACUCAACCCUUCCAACACUCACCAAACAAGCGGUUCCUACGGCACCGCCGCAGGCUCGGCCGUCGUGCUCACCGACGACGUCAGUCUCCAGACCUUCAUGGGCCACCUCCAAAAGCUCGCUGUCGCCGGCAACUCGUAA